GGGUUAUCGAGUUGCGCCAAUGAAAAGCAGCCAAUGAACGAGGACGAACUGCACCCAACCGUCUCCAGAUGAGUCGCUUGAAAUUAUACUAUCGACUUGAAACUGCCAAUAUUUCCAGCCACCAAUUAGCAACUUGAGGAAAAAAGCAAAAUUAAUAAAUUUUCAACGGUUGAAAUAAAACUACGGUUGAAAUUUCUUUUUAAUUUCGACACAGAAAAAACAUAAAUUUAUAUAAAAAAAAUAUUAAUUAAAAAAAAAAAUAAAACAAAAUGCAGCUCAGCGUUAGACUGAAAGCCAACAUACCGCAUAGAUAGAAUAAUAUCGUUAAAAGUACUUUUCACUCAACUCAAAAAAAAAAAAACACGAAACAUUAAUCAAUUGAAAAUGUUUGUUAUAUAUAUCCCAUAUCGGCUCCCUCUGGUUUUAAAAAAGUCCAGAAGCGAGUAUGAAACGAUUGCUAAAGAAAUACAUCAGCCGAGAGUAAGAAGAAGUCCUAAGAACAAAAAUUUAUUGAUAGCUGUUGAACUAUCGAAGCAUAUGAUAUUCGUGCUAUUCGCAAUAUGGCUGCUUGGUUUCCUACGGCCGCCCGUUUUUGCAGAGGCUUCCACGUUGGAUAUCUACAAAAAUGCCCGACUCGGUCAUAGGAUUGUACAGACGCGUUACGGUCGUUUGCAUGGUCUAAUUUUGCCAUUGGAUAAUUUUCGUUUCCUGCGCUCGGUGGAAGUGUUUCUCGGUGUACCGUAUGCGACGCCGCCAAUAAAACAAAAUCGGUUUAGUCCGACACGUGCGCCAGCCCCUUGGGAUGGUAUACGCAUUUCAGACAAAUACAGUCCGGUUUGUCCGCAACGCUUGCCGAAUGUACAAAAUGAGACGGCGGCAUUGGAGAAAAUGCCCAAAGGACGUUUGGAGUAUCUAAAAAGGUUGCUGCCAUUUUUGGAAAAUCAAUCAGAAGACUGCCUUUACUUGAAUAUAUUCUCACCGAAUAAUGCCGGCGCCAACGAAAAGAAAUUGCCCGUAAUUGUGUUCAUACAUGGCGAAUCGUUCGAAUGGAGCAGCGGAAAUCCUUACGACGGCAGCGUGUUGGCGAGCUACGGUGAAGUGGUCGUUGUAACGCUUAAUUAUCGCUUAGGAAUUCUCGGUUUCCUCAACGCCAACCCCAAUCCGCAAGCACACGCGCGUGUUGCCAAUUACGGUCUCAUGGAUCAAAUGGCCGCCCUGCAUUGGAUACAACAGAAUAUACAGAAAUUUGGCGGCGAUCCGAAUGCGGUCACAUUGGCGGGUCAUGGCACUGGCGCUGCGUGCAUAAAUUUUCUCAUGACCUCACCGACAAUGGUGCGCGGUCUUUUCCAUCGUGCCAUACUCAUGUCCGGUUCGGCGUACUCCUCAUGGGCGUUGGUAGAAGAUCCUGUCUCGUUCGCUGUUAAAUUGGCCAAAGAGGUGAACUGUUCGAUACCGGAGGAUUUGAAUAAGCAUCACGAACAGAUUGUCGAUUGUCUACGUGAGGUGCCAUUAGAGGACUUAUAUGCAACGGAUGUACAAGCGCCGAAUUUCCUCACAUCUUUUGGGCCAUCGGUUGAUGGCGUCGUUAUACGACCCGGACAUUCCAAUUUCGAUAUCGAUGAUUUGAUGAUGCGCAGCGCCAAACGCGCCUCAGCAGAUGGCGGUGGCGGCAUGGGCUUCUUUGGCGGAAACGGCGCAUAUGCAGGUGGCGCCGGCGGUGGCUACGGCGCUGGUGGUGGUGGCCCAUCUGGUGGCAAUGGCGUUGGUAGCGGCGGCGGCAGUUCAUCAGGUGGCGCUUACUACAGCGCACUCACCUCGAAUCAUCCGAGUAUGAGCGGUGGCGCUAACCUUGGCCUAGGCGGCAAUGGCGCCCACUAUGAUGUGCUGUUCGGCGUGGUGACCGGCGAGUCCAUUUGGCGUUUCAGUGCACAUGACAUUCAGAAUGGCUUCGAGGGCGAGCGGCGUGAUAAGAUUAUUCGCACUUAUGUGCGGAAUGCCUACAAUUAUCAUCUCAAUGAGAUUUUCUACACGAUCGUUAAUGAAUACACCGAUUGGGAUCGCACCUCACAACAUCCGAUCAACACACGCGACACCGCCGUCGCUGCGCUGUCAGAUGCACAAUUCGUAGCGCCCAUUAUACGCACCGGUGAUCAGCUUGCUGCCAACUCACCGCCACCAAUAUCAAGUAGUAGUAGUAGUGGUGGUGGCGGUGGUACCAAUGGUGGUACAGCUUCAGCAUCAACCGCUUCGGGCGCACAGUCCGGACGAUGUUACUUCUAUGUCUUUGACUAUCAAACGAAAGAUGGUGAUUACCCGCAGCGCAUGGGCACAGUACACGGUGAAGAUUUGCCAUACAUCUUCGGGGCACCAUUGGUGGAUGGUUUCAGUCACUUUCCACAAAACUACACAAAAUCGGAAAUUGCACUCUCCGAGGCAGUGAUAAUAUUUUGGACGAAUUUCGCACGAACAGGCAAUCCCAAUGAGCACCACCGACAGGAUUCCGUGCUGCCAGCCUCAAAAGAACGAAAUCGAUUCCGCAGCACCACUUGGGAAAACUAUGAUCCGCUGCAUCAGAAAUAUCUUGAAAUCGGAAUGAAGCCACGCAUCAAGAAUCAUUUUCGCGCACAUCAACUUUCAAUAUGGCUGCGCCUCAUACCAGAGCUGCAUCGGGCCGGCAUGGAAGAUGUCAUUACGCGUCAUAAUUUAUUUAAAAAUCAUGAUGAUAUGAAUUUAUAUGAAGGGCCUGUGAAACCGGAUCCUUUCGCGUCGACGCGUCUGCUACUCAUCGAUGAUGCGCUACUGCGGAAGGCUGGACGUGGCGGCAAUUUGACGGCUGGUUAUAUAAAUGGCGUCUUUGGUGUGACUACAGUUGAACCGAAUAUGUUCACCACAUGCAUACCUGUGGGCGGUAAUUACACACCCGGAGCUGGUGCAGCUACCAGUGGCGCAUUCGCUCCCAACUCUAUGUCCAACUCAUCCAGCGACUCACUCUCCUCCGGUUUUGAAGCAGCCGGUUAUGCGGCCUAUUCCACCGCACUCAGCGUGACCAUCGCCAUUGGAUGCAGUCUACUUAUACUCAAUGUACUUAUUUUUGCCGGAGUUUACUAUCAACGCGACAAGACGCGGCUGGAGGUGAAGACAUUGCAGAAACAAUAUCAACAACGCAGUAUGCAUCAGCAAGUUCCCUACCCACCCGAUCCCAUCAAGCAUGCCCACUAUCAUUUGGGUCAUUCGCAGAGUGCCAAUGUGAUUGUGGAUGUGGAGAAUCAUGGUGGAGACCAGGGGGCUAUGUUAUUGGCGGCAGCGGCAGCAGCUUCGGAUGUGAAGCCACCACCGCCGCAUAUUUGCGCAAAUACAGGCAUGCAGCUAAGUGCUACGGUACAACAACAACAACAGCAGCAGCAGCAGCAGCACCAGCAACAACAGCAACAAGGUGGUGGUAGUAGUAUUGACCUCUGCGGCAUGUCCACGGCUGCAAAGCAACAGCAACAGCAGCAGCACCAACAGGUUGGUGGUUCAAUUAUGGUCAGCGGGUCACCGGACGUAUCCGCUGGACUAAUGGGCGGCGGCGGUGGCUGCAACGUGACUUAUAGCACAACAACUAAACAACAGCAACAGCAGCACCAACAACAACAACAACAACAACAACAGCAUUUACAGCAACAGCAGCAACAACAACAACAACGUGAGCAUAUGCAAAUUAAAGGCAUGAACUCACAACAAUUUGCACGCAUCGCCACGAGCAGCAGUGGUGGAGGUGGCGGCGGGAGUGUAACCAUGACCAGCAAUCUCGCCUAUAAUCCCGGUAUGAUGACGCUACCCAAGGCGGGCACAUUGCAUCACACAAGCUCCAUAAACUACGGACGUAAUCCAGGCGGUGGAGGUGGCGGAGGCAGUUCCGUCAGUGGAGGCGGCAGCAUAACAGCUGCGCUGCUCGACUCACGCGGCAAUUUAUUGCUAACCAGUGGCGGUGGUGUAGCUAUGGGCGAUUGCAUGACUUUACCCAGAAAUCUGGCAGCCUCGGCCGCACGGCACAGUGCACUGGCAGAUACCCAGCAGCAACAGCAGCAGCAGCAGCAGCAACAGCAAUAUCAGCAACAGCAACAGCAGCAAAUCAGUAGUAAACAUCAACCAAAUGGAAAUAUCAUAACCGGUAUCGGUCCGCAACAGCAGCAGCAACAACAACAACAACAUAUACGCGCACCGCGACCACCAAUACGUACCGCCUCUUCUGCGCCCAGCGGCGGUAGUAGCAGUAGUGGUAAUAGCGGCGGUGUUGCCGGCAGUGCGUUAGUUGCCAGCAACAACGCCGGCAUACUCAACAAUCUCAUCGAUCAGACACCAUCGAAUGGCAGCAGUAGCAGUGGCGUCAGUAGCGCACCUUCCAGCAAAGGGCACUCACACCACCAUCUGCACACGCAUGGGCAUUCGAAUACUGUUGUUGACAGCAUCGGCAUGACGACCACAACGUCAAGCGGCAGCGGUGGUGGUAGUGUUGGCGGCGGUGCUGGCAACAGUACGCAUCUGCAGCAACAAGUGCCACAGGCGGCGAUCGAUGAGAUGCGCGUCUGAUAGGUAUCGGUGUUCGAGCUGGAAUUAUAGUCUUCUUGCUCAACAGAUAAGUUAAAUUCGGAAAUGUGUGAAGAAGAAGAUGCCGUAACGGACAAGGCAGCACAUAAACAUGUAACAACGGAAGCAGAAGAUGUCCUUCUCUAUCCGCAAGCCCAUACGUUCUAUCAGCAGCCGAUGUCAAUGCAACACUUGCAAUUCACGAAUUCGGCAUCAGUGACAUCGGUGUCAUCAAUGUCACCGACAAUAACGCCACCGCCACCACCAGCACCGCAGCCCACGCUUUCGCCACCAACUCAGCCACUAACAACUACAUUACAACAAUUGAAAAAGCAACAAAAUCAGCACCAGCAACAACAGCAGCAGCAGCAUCGUAUACUAACAGCAAAGACAACCACAAUGACAACUCAACCACUAAUCUCAGCUGCAGCGGUUACAUUAUACCAACAACAGCAACAAGCAUACAACUCGCACCUGUUACAACAACACCCACGACCAGAACAAAUGACUUCCGCAACCGAUGUCAGCGCCAAUUUCAGCGUCAACGCCAGCGCCAACAUCAACAACGCCUCAGCCUCAGCCGCAGCUUAUAAGCGGCAGCAACAGAAAUUAAGAAAAUUACGCGAACUACACUCGCUCGCCUUGGAGGGUGGCGACACGGCGCGCGGUUAUUGCUCCUGCGACGAGCAAUGGACCUCAUCAUCCCCACCCACGUCCGCCUCGCCAACACUUUCGUGCAAUGAAGGACACGACGAAAAGACAUCCGACGGAAGUGAAAGCAAUGAAACAACAACAGCAACAACAAUAACAAUGCUUGGCGAAAAUACAGUUACAGUGGCGGGUGAGCGGAUGGUUGCAGGAAACGCGUACAAGCAAAUGAAUGUGACAACAGGACAUGGCCGGUCGGCCGUCAGCGGUAAUGACGGUGGUCACAGCCGGACGAGGCAGCUAACAAACAAACAUAGCCAUCACAACAGCUGCGGCCGCAGCAGCACUAGCAAGGGUGUUAUUGAUGUAGGUGUUGGCAACAUUUGGACGGGCACACGCGCAAAUGAGGUCGCCAAAGCAGCGGCAGCUGUGGUGGCGGCAAAAGCAGCCGAAGCUGCCAAGGCAACGUCGUCGUCGUCGUCGUCGGCGGAGGGCACAUUGCGGGAUAGUAGAAACAAGCCUGUGCCGGCAGUGCGCCUCAAGCAACAACAUCAUGUGCGCUUUUCGGAUGAAAAGAAUUUCUCCGAUUAGUUUGACGUUGCAGCGUAGCAAAAAAGGGGCAAAAGUUGAAAAGUUGAAAGCAAAAAACAAGAAGAAUAAAUGAGAAUUGAGGGCGAAAGUAGUGAAAAAGGAAAAGUAAUUGACAAAAGACAACGACGCGGCUCGGCAAUGACUCGGUUUCAUUACAAAAAAGAAGGAAAGUAGAUUUUUCAGUGGCCGCAGGGAAUUUUGAAAUUAUUUAGAGAUUUUUAAAUGAGGAAAAAGUUCCCUUAAAAACAAAAAUUUCUCAUAAGGGAAAAAUUCAUAGUCAUUUGGAAAUUCCUAUCAGACUUUCUAAAAUUUUAUUGGAAAUCUUGUAGAACAUAUGUACAUACAUAUAUUUUUUAAACUUUUCCUGCGGCGCCUAGAGAAUUUCUAACUAUUCAAAAUUCAAUCGAAAAUAUUUCCUGCUUAAUUCACUUAAUUCCCUUUCCUAAAGUCAUCACCCAAGUAAAAGCCGAAAAUAUUUAGAAAACACAAAAGAAAAAUCCGAGAUAAAAAUAACAGAAAGAGUGACAUAAAUUCCAGAUGCGAACACCGAAAAACAUAAUAAAAUAAAACUGUUUUUUAAAAUGAGCAGUGCAGCGUAGAAUACUAAAUACAAAUUAAAUAUAUAAUAUACUACAUACAUAUAUAGUUGUAAAUAGAUAACAAUGAAACAAUGAUUUCCUAAUAAGAAGAAAAAAUCACAGAAAAAAGUAAUCUUGCCAAUGCGUUCAAACUCAAGGGAUAGAGUCAUUCCAAGAUUUUGAAAACGUAUUC